AUGAGCAAUAAUAAGUUUUUAUUUAGAACGGUCAUUUUAAUAUUCUAUUCCACUGUUUAAGUGAUAGAGUUAUCAGAAGAAUUCGUUAAAAUGUUAGAAUUUGUUUUUUUCAAUUUUUACUCAUGAAAAUUAGUAUAAGGAUGAUUAUUAAGAUGAGAUAGACAUAGUUUGUUACAAUGAAUUUUGUAAAGAAUUCAGAUUAAAUUGUUUUAAAUGUUAAAAAAAAGGAAGAAUACAUCAUGAUCAUUUUGAUGAUGUUGAAAAAAUCAAUAGUUUGAUUGAAUUCAUUGAAAAUAAAAAUAAAGAAUGUGAUAAUUUAAUUGAUGAUCUUAACUAAUAAGAAGAAAGUGUAAAUCAAUCAUUUUCUUAAUUGAAAAUAGGAAUCAGAUAGAAAUAUUAAUUAUAUUAACAAAAAUUAAUACUUUUGAAUUCUUAAUCAAUAAAUGAUUUCUUGAAUUCUACAAUCAAAUUUAAUGAAUAUAAACAAUCAAUUACCACAAUCAUCUUAGAAUAAAAUAAAAAAUUAACUAAUUCAUUUAAUAAUUUAUAUCAAUAAUUAUUAUUAUCAUCAUUUAAUUAUUAUUAAAAUGAUAAUAAUUGUAUUCAAAUAUCUGAAGAAUUAUAUUAAAAAGGUAUUACAUUCACUUAGGUUAUUAAUUAAAGGAUUAAUUUAGUUUAUUAUUAUUGGUUAUAUAUUAAGAAGAUAAGUAUGAAUAGGCCAUUGUAAUUUUAGAUAAAUCAAUAUAAUAAAAUCCAAAAAACCAUAAUUCUUUAUGGUGUAAAGGUGAAAAUAAUAAAUAAUUAAUAGGGGAUUGUUUAAGAUUAUUAAAUGAAUAUCAAGAAGCAAUUAAAAAUUCUGAAAUUCAGUAUCAAUCUAUUUAAUAGAUAUAUAAUUAAUGGAAAGAAAUGA